CAGCACAAAGGCGGGGGGGUUCUCUCCGCCCGUAUCUUGCAUCAUAUGGCACGAUACGACCUCUACCCGUCCCGUCCUGUGGUUCUGGGGAUUCCGGUCUGCCAGAUCCUCGUCUGGUCUGAAGGAGGCCCCUUCCAGGAAUUUCUUAAGAUGAGGAUGAAAACCAUUUUUCUGUUCUCUACGGUCGUUCUUAUCAACAUCGGUUAUCUACAUUACUUCUACAAUACGAUUUGUUUGGCAUUGUGACACAAAAGGCCACUCCUCCGAUCGACUUCUAUUGGUUGGCGCUCGUUGCUGUGAAGUUGGUUCCUCCUCGUCUAUCCUGACAGCCAUUUCAUCUGAUAACUGAACAUUAUGCGAUCUUUGCUGGUCUUCGUUGUUUUCGGCCUUUUGGCUUGUCAGGUCCUGGCCUGGCCUGAACACCGGACCGUCCAGGAGUUUCCCGAGCUCAAGCGUCGUUCCCAGAGCCAACUGAUUGAAGAACUGAUCUCUCGUCUUCUGGAAGACAAACGACAAAUGCAACCAGCCUGCGCUGCCGCCGAUGAUUUCUUCUGCUGGGAUACUGGUUGUAAUGUUGAAGUCGGUGACUUUGGAUCUGCGUUCAUCGAAUACAAACCAGACGGGGAUGCUUACAAGUUAUCCAUUGGACUCGAAUACUGCUGUAAUAGAGAAGGAUACUGGGAUCUUCACGUGGACUAUGUGAAGACAGUGGCCAGUUUGUCUGGCGAGCUACCGUUCAGUUCAAACACGUUCACCAUCAACGGCCAGCGGUUCAAGAUGACCGUUCAAAACAUCGUGACUGGAGGUGAUCGGCUGAGGGUGGAAGGUGUGUGCGUUGAGGUGAACUAGCAACGCCACCUCCUGAAAAGAUUUCGACACAGGAAUGACUGGAAUUUGAAACGGAUAUCUAAUCUUAUUGGUAGUCUAGUUACCUUAAGAAACCUAUGGAGCCUUGAUAGCUAGUUCAGAGUAUUCAGGUGUUCUUAGUCGGGGGCUAAAUCGCUUUUUAUUUUCAUAUUUUUUUUCUAACCGUUCAAGAAUCUCCAACCCCACCUCAACUUCUACUCUCUCUCUCUCUCUCUCUCUCUCUCUCUCUCUCUCUCUCUCUCUCUCUCUCUCAAGACUUUCAGUGAUUAUAAUUUACUGAUUUACGGUCAACAUCUAAGGCAGAGAACUGUUCUUUUUAAGUUUCUACUAUCGUAAUUAUUUCAACUUAUUAGAGGUGAAUUUUGGAAUAAAUAUUGCAGAAAACAGA